AUGCCUCCUUCAAAUCUUUUGAUCGCUAGCUUGAAUUUUACUCGGGCGGAGACUGUUGGUGCGGGAAUUCGUCAAUUCAUAGCCGACCGCUCUUUGGUCAUAUAUGGCGUGGAAAACUUGACUCAAACCUGGCUCUGGGAUGAAUGGUGGACAAAUCUUUCACAGUGGCUCUCACGCCCAGAUGUCAUUGCUGCUAUCAUGGCUUGGUGGAUAACAUUCACCAUUGUCAUGACAAUUAUAAUGUGCCUUGGAUUUGGACCUGGUGGAGUUAUUGCAGGGUCACUGGCAGCUGCAUUUCAGUCCUUAAUGUACGGUGGAUUUACUCCAGCUGGAGGGAUCUUUGCGACGUUGACAAGCAUGGCCAUGUUAGGCACAUUCAUGUUUCCCGCCUUCCUUCUCGCUUCAGUUCUUGCAACAGGGGUCACGGUUCUUGUCUGGGGACUUGGGGUAGGAAAAUAA